AUGGCUGAUAAAAGCAAGAUCUUGAUCGUUGGAGGCACUGGAUACAUCGGAAAAUUCAUCGUGGAGGCAAGCGCCAAGGCUGGUCACCCCACUUUCGCUUUGGUGAGAGAGAGUACAGUCUCUGAUCCUGUCAAAGGAAAACUUGUCGAGAAUUUCGAGAACCUAGGCGUUACUUUGAUUUAUGGAGAUGUCGACGGCCAUGACAACUUGGUGAAGGCAAUUAAGCAGGUGGAUGUGGUGAUAUCAGCGAUUGGGAGCAUGCAGAUAGCAGAUCAAACUAAGGUCAUUGCUGCCAUUAAAGAAGCUGGCAAUGUUAAGAGAUUUUUCCCUUCAGAAUUUGGUUUGGAUGUGGAUCAUGCUAAUGCUGUUGAGCCUGCAAAAACUGCAUUCGCUCUGAAGGCUCAAAUUCGGCGUGCCAUUGAGGCUGCAGGGAUCCCCUACACUUAUGUGCCUUGCGGCUUCUUUGCUGGGUACUAUCUCCCUACACUGGGACAGUUUGGACUUACUGCUCCUCCUAGAGACAAAAUCACCAUCUUAGGAGAUGGCAAUGCCAAGGCUGCUUUCAAUAAGGAAAAUGACAUUGGAACCUUCACCAUCAAAGCUGUGGAUGAUCCUAGAACCUUGAACAAGACCGUCCUAAUCAGGCCUCCUAAAAACACUUACUCAUUCAAUGAGCUUGUUGCUCUAUGGGAGAAAAAGAUUGGCAAAACCCUGGAAAAAACCUAUGUUCCUGAAGAGAAACUUCUGAAGGACAUCCAAGAGUCUCCAAUUCCGAUUAACAUUGUUCUGUCAAUCAACCACUCAGCCUUGGUUAACGGUGACUUCACCAACUUUGACAUUGAUCCAUCAUGGGGUGCUGAGGCCUCUGAGCUUUAUCCAGAUGUCAAAUAUACCACCGUGGAAGAAUACCUUGAUCAAUUUGUCUGA